CUGUCGAAUGGUAGAGAGGCGUAGCUUAAAUUCGCCGAAGCCAUAAUUUCCUGGGACGGGGAGGGAGAGGCAGCAACCAGUGCUGAAGAACUGGGAGAAAGUUGUGCUCCGCGUGAAAGGCAGCCCGGCAAGAUUCCCUGCCGGAAAGCAACGAGAAGAAAUUCUUCCUGCCGGGAACCCGGAGGGAGGGCAUUGCUGAGCAUCUGUGAGGUGGAGGAGUAUAAUCAUGCUUCUCCUCCCAUCAGCACUCAAUGCGACCUUAUGCUACACCUCUGCAGCUUCCCAAAGAUGAAUUUGGAAGGAACAGUUUCUUGCUGUUGUCACAAUGGAAGGUCAGCCAGCCGCUAAUGCAGAGAUUAUACAACAAGCCUCUUCAAGAGCCAGUCCACCAUCCUUUGUUAACCUCCUGAAAGUACACCGAGAAUUGCUGGUCUGCAGCAUCCGUAACACCCAGUGUUUGAUUGACAACUUGAUUAAGAAUGAGUAUUUCUCGACAGAAGAUGCAGAGAUUGCUGCGCAGUAUCCUACACAAGCAGACAAGGUCCGUAAAAUUUUGGAUCUAGUCCAGAGCAAAGGAGAAGAAGUUGCAGAGUACUGCAUUUAUGUCCUGCAGCAAGUCGCUGAUGCUUAUUAUGAGCUGCACCCGUGGCUGGAAGAGAUUGGGUUUCACCCUUCAGAGGACAUUUGCAAUAAACCUGUGGAAAAUACCGACCCAGUUAGUAGAUAUCAUCAGAAGCUUAAAGAUGAAUUGGGCCGAGAUACAAAGUUCAUCAUGUCAUAUGCCCAAAAGGAGGACAUGUUGCUUGAAGAAACUUAUUCUGCCAACAUAAUGGAGUUGAUUAAUCACACCAAUGAGAAACUCGGUAACGUGAAUGGCUUGGAAGACCUCUUUGAUGACAAUGUUGGUCUAAUUAAUGAAGAUGGAGAGACAGUCUACGUUGUCGGUGAUGCAGGAAUUGGAAAAUCCAUGUUGUUGCAAAAGAUGCAAAAUCUGUGGUCCAAGGAUGAAUUCAAUGUAGGGGCCAAAUUUUUUUUCCAUUUCCGAUGCCGAAUGUUCAGUUGUUUUAACCAGAAUGAUACCAUAUGUUUGAAAGACCUCCUGUUCAAAUACAACUGUUUCCCAGACCAGGACCCAGAGGAGAUCUUUGAUUUCAUCCUGAAGUUCCCUCACACUGUCCUAUUUACAUUUGAUGGCUUUGAUGAGAUACACUCUGACUUUGAUCUCAACAGUGUUCCAGAGAUCUGCUUGCCCAAUGAAUCCAUGCAUCCACUUGCUCUACUAGUAGGCCUUCUCAGCGGGAAACUUCUGAAGGGAUCUCGGAAAGUCCUGACGGCAAGGACAGGGACAGAAGUCCAUAGAAACAUUGUCAGAAAGAAGGUUUAUCUCCGUGGCUUUUCCAGUACUAACCUGCAAGAGUAUACCAAAAUGUUCUUCAAAGAUACUGUGUGUCGAACCUUGGUUCUAAACCAGCUGGAAGCCAACCCAAAUCUGUCCAGUUUAUGCUCAGUGCCUUUAUUUUGCUGGAUUAUCUUCAAAUGCUAUGACCAUUUUCACACUGCACUUGACAGCCAUGAGUUCCCAGACUACACUGUUACCUUAACAGAUAUUUUCUUGCUCAUGACUGAGGUCCACUUGAACCGAACUCAAAAGACAAACUUGCUGAAGAAGAACAACAGGAGUCAAGUGGAGACAUACAGGUCCAAAAAGGAGACUUUGUUUGCACUGAGUAAAAUAGCACAUAUGGGGAUGGAGAAGUCUCUCUUUGUCUUUGAGCAAGAUGAAAUCACUGCCAGCCUCUCUGAGCAGGAUUUGCUCUUAGGUUUCCUCAGGGCAGUUCCUAACUAUGGAGGCUGUGGAGACCAGUCUUCCUACGAAUUUCUGCACAUGACCUUGCAAUCUUUUUUCACAGCUUUUUUCCUGGUUACUGAAGAGAAAGUGGGAGCAAAGGAGUUGCUAAAGUUUUUUGCUGAAUGUUCUACCCCAGACACCACUCUGUCUAGUUGCUUACCAAUCACCUGGUUGAAAAAUCACCAUCCGACAGGAGACGAUCCUUUCCGGAAUAAUGAGCACUUUCAUUUCACCAACCUCUUCCUUUGCGGCUUGCUUUCCAAGGCAAGGCAGAAACUUCUGAGGCAUUUGGUGUCGCCAGCAUCCAUUAAGAAGAAAAGGAAGGUGCUCCUUACCUAUUUCUUUGAAAGCAUGAAGUCCCACCUAAAGGGCCUCAGUCGGGCAAGGCUUAAGGAAUACAAGCAGAUUCAGGUCAUGCCCAAUUUUGUUUGGAUGCUGCGGUGCAUCUACGAGACACAGAGUGAGAAAGUAGGCAAGGGAGUUGCCAAGGGCAUGCGGGCAAACUAUAUCAAACUGACCUAUUGCAAUGCCUAUUCUGCUGACUGCAGUGCUAUUUCCUUUGUCAUGCAUCACUUCCAGAAGCGCCUGGCUCUUGACCUGGACAACAACAAUAUCAAUGAUUACGGAAUAAAACAACUGUUACCUUGUUUUAGCAAGCUGGCUGUACUCAGGGUAAGCGUGAACCAGAUCACAGACCAAGCUGUAAGAGUGCUUUAUGAAGAGCUGUCCAAGUACAAAAUUGUGACUUACUUGGGCUUGUAUAACAACCAAAUUACUGAUGUUGGAGCCAAAUAUGUUGCAAGACUCAUUGAAGAAUGUCCAAGCCUCAUAUAUGUUAAAAUAGGAGCAAACAAAAUAACAACCGAGGGAGGAAAAAGCCUUGCAUAUGCCAUCAAGAGGAGUACAACAAUGUACGAGAUUGGAAUGUGGGGUAAUAAAGUUGGGGAUGAAGGGGCCAAGGCCUUUGCAGAAGCACUGUGGGACCAUCCCACGAUAACAAAUGUCAGUCUUGCAUUUAAUGACAUCACUACAGAAGGGGGGAAAUAUAUUGCAGAAGCUAUGAAACACAACAACACUGUGAAUAUAUUUUGGCUAACAAAGAACGACUUGGAUGACGAAGCAGCUGAGUGCUUUGCCGAAAUGGUAAAGGUCAACAAGAGACUGGGCCAUCUGUGGCUUAUCCAGAAUCAGAUCACUGCCAGAGGAGCCCAGUGCCUAGCUGACGCUCUCCAGGACAAUACAGCUAUUAAAGAAAUCUGUUUGAACGGAAACCGAAUAAGCCAAGAGGAAGCAAAAGCCUUUGAAAAUGAAAAGAGGAUCAUUUGCUUUUGAGAAAUUUCUUUCCACUUUGGACAGCAGUCAGCGCGCCGAGGCUCUUACAGCAUGGCUGAAGCCAGAACUUCUGAAGUCCAACUCUUACACGCAACACCAGGGUAUAUUUGAAGAGCCCCUUGCUGCUGCAGCUGCUGCUGCUGCUGCUGCUGCUACAUCUUGUGGCAGAGGCUUGAAUGGAAGAAGACUCAGACGUUGCCUUAGUAAUUGUACUGUACGCUAAAGUGGGGCAAACUUGCAUCAAGCAACACACCAUCUCUAUGUUCUUUUGUUCAUUAUGACCAACACUCAGACUAAGAACUGCUUGUUGGUAGUGCUUGCACACAGGAGGAAUUAUUCUGGGUAAUCCUCCCUCCAUUCUGCAGCAACCUGUGCCUCCUAAAAAUAUCUCCUUGAGGGUGGGGAAAUCCUUAGGGCAUUAUUAUUAUUUUUAGGUGGCACGUGUAGCUGAAGAGGGAGGGAAAUGUAGCAAAUCACCCCUCUCCCUGCACACAGUUCUUUGUGUGUAUCUCAGCUUAUGUACAUAGGUGUAAAUAAGUCUCUCAUAACUUAUUUAUAAACGUAUGAGGUUUCAGUUGUAUGUGGGAACUCUACAGCUAAUAGCAAUACUAGCUGCCAAUUAAGCAUUUGAAUAUCAUUCAUCCAGAGCACACGG